AUGGAUCCACCAGAUCGACCUCGUCGUCCUCGACCUAAGAUUACUUGGCGGAUGCGAUGGUAUUGGUUCAAAAACUGGUUCGGAACCCCCCUUCGACUUCGUGGAAGUAUCGUCCGCCUUCGACAUAUUUAUAAGCAUCCAUACUUAGCGCUUCUUCGUAUGUUCGUGCCAUUCCCGUCGUGGUAUUUUCCGCUACCCUCUCGCGUGCCCCCUUCCCAGAUCGCACAAAACGAGAAUUUAUACUAUGCUCGCAGUGCAAACCAUUCCACCCUUCGCAACGUGGAACUCUGGGCACUCCGUGAUACUCCAAUCCGAUGUGUUUACCGCAUGUAUGAGAUCUUAAUGAUGGGGGACUACGCUCCGUUGGGCAGCGAAACGGAAUAUUGCUGGCGUCAUUACGAGAAGAAUUGGACUUUGAGUUCAAUACCAGAUCCAAAGGAUCCCGAUCCGGUCCGUUACGCAAUUGUUGCGUGUAUAGUAGAAGAGUUGGUCAAUUCUUUCAACUGGAGGUUGGCUUUGGGAAUGCGCCGAAACGGGGAGAACAUACGACGGCAAAAAAAUGGCGAUCCAUGGCCUCCGUAUACUCCUGUUGUCGGACCCGAUUGGACUCGAUCAGUGCCACCCAUCGAGCCAUUUAUGCUACAAGACUUGCCAUCCGACAUGGUGAGCGAAAGUGGGAAGUUGAUUCUCGAAGAACGUGGGUGCGAUGAAGGUUUUGCAAAACGGAAUAUCGUCACGAAUGUGGGCUGGUGGUACACAGUUUGA